UUUAAACGAGUUUAAUUAGUUUCUGCUGUGUCUUGUUACCGCGGUGCAUUCUGGGAGUUGUCCAAUGAUUCAAGAUGGCGGCGAGCAGGAGACUGCACAAGGAGCUUGAAGAAAUUCGCAAAUCCGGAAUGAAAAACUUCCGGAACAUUCAAGUCGAUGAAUCGAAUAUACUGACAUGGCAAGGCCUUAUUGUUCCAGACAACCCUCCAUAUGACAAAGGGGCAUUCAGGAUCGAGAUCAUUUUCCCUGCAGAAUACCCUUUCAAACCCCCAAAGAUCACGUUCAAGACGAAGAUCUACCACCCCAACAUUGACGAGAAAGGGCAGGUCUGUCUGCCUGUAAUUAGCGCAGAGAACUGGAAACCAGCCACCAAAACCGACCAAGUUAUUCAGUCACUCAUCGCACUUGUGAACGACCCACAGCCAGAACAUCCCCUGAGGGCUGACUUAGCAGAAGAAUACUCAAAGGACCGUAAAAAAUUCUUUAAGAACGCAGAAGAGUUUACAAAGAAACACGGUGAAAAGCGGCCAGUGGACUAAUGACACCUGACAAGUGUGUAGCCCCACUCCUUCAAAACAUGAGUCCUCCUCUACACGCUCCUCUUUCCUCCCUUUCCUCACUUUCUUCCUUCUUCUCUUUCUCACUACACGUAUCUUUCUAGUCGAGCUGGAGAAUCGCACCGCCGCUGCAGCCUCCGUCAUAAAGCGGGACUCCGUGUGGAUCCAUCACCAGUGUCUCUCCCUGGUGUUAGCUUGAAGCCUUUAGGAAAAUUCUGGAUUUGGUCGUUUUUGUUUGUUUUUUUUGUUUUUUGUUUUUUUUAAAUAUAAAGUUUGUUAAGGAAAAGUGGUCAAGAAAUUGUAACAUGGUAUCUCAGUACUGAGUGCUGUGUGAUGCUGUUCGAAGUGAAAUGAUCUUUGCAUCAAUAUGCACUUCUUUAAUAUCUUUAAUCUGGAGUAAAGUUUAACAGUUUAUUCGAAAAUAAUUCUAAAGAAAUGUUAAAUGUAAUUUAUCUUGUGUAAUAUUUUGUUGUAUCCAAUUCAUACAUUUAUGUUCUAUGAUUUCCAAAAAAAAAAAAAAAACAAACCCCAAAAUGUUUGUGAUGUUUAAGCCAAUGAACGAGGUGACAGAGGUUACACAGCUUGAUCCUGGAGGAGUGUGUUGGUAAUUUUUCAUCUGAUCUUUUUAUUUUCACUUAUUGAGUUGCACUGUGUUCUGUGGAACGGCGUCCUAUCUGCUCCUAACACGCCAUAGAUUUGCAGAUGCACUGAUUAAUCAACAACAAUGAAAUCUAGACAUUGAUAUUGUUAUCAUAUACUUUUUCCACACGUGAAGAAAGGAAGGAAUACAAUUCUUGUGAAUCAAAGUUUUAUGGUGAUGUCUAAUUUUAAAACCACGAUUUAUUUUAAAUAUUUCACAGAGAGAUCUUGUGUUUUGUUCAUUAUUUGGGUGUAGGGUAUAUAUAUUUAAAAAAAAAAAAAGGAAAGGGUGCCUCCAGACUGAGAGCAUUUAUUUUUGUUUAUUCAGAAUAAAGAUUAGUCGGCACCUCUUUAGAAUCGUAUUGACAUUAUCAGCCUGUUGGGAUUCAUCUCUCCUUUCAUAUUUCUUGCCAAGAUACUGUAUAUUACACUCAGUAGUGAAGUAAAUGUUGAUGACGAGGUGUGCUUUGGCACUUUUUUAUUCAUAAAGGCCUAUGAGGAAAAAUAUUGGUAAUUGGUGAUGUGUAUGGAAAUAUAGUCUCUUGUCCCUUUAAGUCACUUUACCCACUUCAUACAGUAAGUAAUAUCAGAUAUUAAGAUAUCCAUACAUUCUUUCUUUUACAGCCACUAUAUAUUUUGUGUGUGGAAAUAGAAUAAACUGGCACAGUCAUGGGAAUGACGUUAUAUACUCAAGUAGCGGCUGACUCUGAUUGGUCACUCUGAGUGUGCUGACUCUCUGAUUGGUCACUGGUUUCCUAAUAAAUCCAGCUAACUAACAAGA